GCAUAUAUGGUGUUCGACGCGAGCGAGCGAUGAGAAAAGAUAGCCUCUCCAUCUUUCGGAGGGGGUGAAUGUGUCUUCCGAGCGCGAGUUCCGAAGAAUGCAAAGCUGAGUGAUCGAGAUGCAAUGUCUUCGCGAUGCUCAAAUAACGUCGUAAUUGCUUUGCAGCAAGGAUCCAAGAUCGACUUUCAUCUCCACAGGAAUUCUAAGCCAUCGCCCAGGUUUACUUUGAGAAGUUGCAGUACAGCGUGCGGCUCGAGCUCCAUCGCACCGGGCGGUCGCACCAAGAGUUGAGGCAAUGGCGUUGGAUCCAGGACAGGGAACCACGGCCAGCGGUCCAUCGACAACCGCUUCUCCAACGCCACAACCCGUAGAAGGCAAUGUCAGCUCUUCAACGCCGGUACCAAAUUCAAGGCUCGCAAGAUCUUUUCCUCGCCUGACGGCGACUUUUCAAAAGUUCAGUCAAAGCAGAGCAGGUCACGGAGGUGCUUUUGUAUGGCGAUACCGUCGAGGGUUCUUGAUCGGAUUCGGCUUGACGUACACGGCAUUGGCCUACAGCAUCGCAGCAAGGGAUCGCUACCUCCGUGACUAUGUUCACGACAACACCUAUCUCGUGUGGAAGAUCUAUCCCGGCGCGGUCGUCGAGUCGCGAUCGCCAGCGUCCCUCUCUAAUUUACUCAUGGCGCCUAGUCCAGGGGAAGACGCACCGAAAGUGCUUGAGCUGUUCGAGGCGAUACGUGCCCUCAAAUACGCACAGCAAGAUCCUAGGAUCCGCGGCAUAUUUGCAGACUUUUCCUCUCUGCACGUGCCAUCGAGUGUCGCGCCUGAUCCAUUAGGCCUCGCACAAAUCGAGGAGCUGCACAGUACGAUUCAUGAGUUCAAGGCCAUGAAGAAAGAGCAGCUGCAGGACGAAAAGGCUCGCGUCGCGAUCGCGUGGAGCGAUUCUUUCGAGUCGCAAGGAGCAUACCUGCUCGCAAGUGCAUUUGACGAAGUCUACGUCCAGCCCUCAGGCGGUGUACCGCUGAUUGGUCUUUCGGCGCAGAUCCCAUUCAUCCGCAAAUUGCUGAACUGGGCCGGCAUCAAGGUCCACGCUAUGGCGCGCAAGGAAUACAAGAGCAUGGUCUCGACAUUCGUCGAAGAGGAAGAACUUCCGCCUGCGCAGACGCAAAAUGAAGCGGAAUUGUUCGGAGAGCUGAACCGGUCCAUGUGUCAUAUGAUCGCCGUCUCGCGCUUCCCUGACUUGGACGCGGAUGAGGCGGAGUCAAAGGUCGCUGAUCUUGCGAAGGACGGGCCGUACAGCGGACGUGAAGCUCUGCAAGCAGGUUUGAUAGAUGGUGUCAAGCACAAACGUGAGCUCAUUGAAUCGCUCUUCCAGGAAGAGAAACCGUCGGGAGGGGGAGAGAAGGAAGAGAAGGAAGGCAAGAAGGUCCAUCCGCGUCAGGUGGGAGAAUUACGAUUGGAUGCACCCGAAGCUCCAAAAUUUAAGAGCCUAUGGGACUACAAUCGUAUCAAUAACAAAACCCUCGACAGAAAUUUGAGCGAUGACGAAAUCGUCGAAGUCGGGGUCGUCUACCUCAACAGCAGCAUCACAUCCGUUUCAGCUUCUUCCGUGAUCAAGGGGCUCAAUGAGCUCGCAGACGAUGAUGAGAUCAAGAGUGCCGUCAUCAGAAUUGACAGCGGUGGAGGCGAUGUGGUUGCAAGCGAAAGCAUUUGGGAUGCCGUCCGGCGAGUCAAGGCCCGAAAGCCCAUUGUAGCCUCAUUCGGAAAUAUCUCUGCAUCGGGCGGCUACUAUGCGGCAACUGCUGCGGACGCGAUCACCGCAAGCGAAUCCACUGUGACAGGCAGUAUUGGUGUUGCCUCUAUCCGUCCCAUCAUUACAAAGAAGUUCUUCGAUCGUCUCGGCAUCUCCAUACAGUCCUUCUUCACGGGAUCAACUGCCAACUCAGCAUUGCACGAGGCGGAUGCAGCGCAAAAAGCGAGACAAGAACAAUAUAUGGAUGAGACAUAUGCUGACUUUCUGCAGAAGGUGUGCGAGGGGCGACAAAUGACCAAAGAGGAAGCUGACAAGCUCGCUGGCGGUAGAGUGUACACGGGACUCAGCGCAUUUGUCGCAUGCAACCAGGGUGUAGAGGCAGAGUUCGACGAGGAGAGCGGAAUUCUGACCAUGCACAACGCCGAGGGCGAAGAAGAGGGCACAUUUUUAAUCAAACCUGCCGAAGGCUCCGUCAAAACUGAGGAGGCAGAAAGGAAGUCCUCGCCCACCGUAUCGAAGGCCCCAAAGAAGAAGAAGGUCAAAAUCUCCGACCUCACCUUUGAAUGGAGCACCCAAAGCUCUGAGACGGGCGCUGGUAACAAGAUCACCACGAUUGUCGGACACAAGCGAUCUCCGGUACAGGAUGAAAAAUGCGAAGAUGGCGAUGAGAUACCGUUACGGACAGCAAUCAUGGCAGAAGAGCCCGAGUCCUCAGUAGACGAAAGUAAACAGCAAGACGCGAGCAACCAGAAUGCAAGCCGUGGAUUAAUUGACAUGCUGGGAGGAUUAUACGAUGCCACAUUGCUUAGUGUCACCUUAGGGAUGAAGAAGGAAUGGGAAAAGAAGGGCGAGGAGAUGCCCGAACAGCCGGAGAGUCUCGCCGCCGAUCUGCGCCUGGUCAAAUUCCCUCGCGAGAAGGCGUUCCUCCAGCGUGUGCGAGAGCUCAACCGAAAGGGUGACCAACCGUCGCUUUCGUGGGAUGCAUUCAAGAUGGAAUGCACGGCCAUGAUCGCGCGAGCUGCGCUUCGUUCUUUAGCUAUAAGUGCAUCGCAAGCGGAGCCCACGGACCUCGUCAAAGCUUUCCAAGAUCCCACACUCGGCAGCCUGACGGCAAAAACGCGGAUGAAGAUGCAGUACUUUGGGAUGGCACCGCAAUUAUAGACCUGUGAGAGGACGGGCCAGUCGACAUAGACACACUGCUUCUACAUGUAUUGAAUGCUAUUUCAGGUGAUUUCUGCCCCGUAAGAUGCUCAGUAAAAUAUAUUGGUGCACGAAUUCCUGC